ACAAAAGUUGACGUGGCAGAUAGAUACUCCAAAAGUGUCUGUAUCCUUACUCAACGAACAGAUGUGGCCAGCGGAUCCCACCGGAUGUUAUGCGCCACCGCCUCUAUAAGAGUCCAAAAUUAAAAUUGAAGCUGAGGAGAAGUGAAGAACGGAGACGGAAGCUGCAUCCGGCGACAUGGAUCAGGGCUCCGUAACGAUCGAACACAAGGCCUAUGCUCGCGUGGGUCUGCUCGGAAAUCCCAGUGACGUCUACUAUGGCCGCACCAUCUCCUUCAGUCUCGGCAAUUUCUGGGCAUCCGUUAAGCUCGAGCCCUCGGAACAUCUCAUCAUCAACCCCCAUCCCGUCCACGAUCUCGUCCAGUUCCAAUCCCUAGACCAUCUGGUGAAUCGGUUACAAAAUGAAGGUUAUUAUGGGGGUGUGCGAUUGCUAAUGUCAAUUUGUAAAGUUUUCCAUAACUAUAGUAAACUUAACAACAUUGAGCUUCACCCGGGAAAUUUCACUUUAUCAUAUGAGACAAAUAUCCCUCGCCAGACAGGACUUUCAGGAUCUAGUGCUAUUGUGUGUGCUGCCCUUAGCUGCCUUCUUGACUUCUACAAAGUCAGGCAUUUAGUCAAAGUAGAAGUCAGGCCUAGCCUUAUCCUAAGUGCAGAGCAGGAACUUGGGAUUGUUGCUGGCCUUCAGGACAGGGUAGCGCAGGUCUAUGGAGGCCUUGUGUACAUGGAUUUUAGCAAGGAAAACAUGGAUAAUUUGGGACAUGGUAUCUACACACCAAUGGAUAUCAGUCUUCUUCCACCCCUUCAUCUCAUUUAUGCUGAGAAUCCAAGUGAUUCUGGGAAGCUACAUAGCACAGUUCGACAGAGGUGGCUUAAUGGUGAUGAGUUCAUUAUAUCAUCAAUGCAAGAAGUUGCAACUGUCGCAGAAGAAGGAAGGACUGCAAUACUUGCAAAAAACUAUCAAAAGCUAGCUGAACUUAUGAAUCACAAUUUUGACCUCCGAAGGCAAGAUUUGUCCAACUGCUUGCUUAUCUCAAUUCAUAUUUUUAUAUCAUAAUAUCAUUUUGGCCAACCAUCUUCUUCAACUUUAUGUUUAUAUCAAAUAAGCAAAGCAAGAGGAAAUGCUAGGAUGCUACUAACUCGAGUUAUAUGUUACUUUUUGAAUGCUAUGCUGUGAAUUUUACGCAGGCGCAUGUUUGGAGAUGAAUGCUUGGGUGCUUUAAAUAUAGAAAUGGUUGAAGUGGCUCGAAGGGUGGGCGCUGCAUCAAAAUUUACAGGUAGUGGAGGAGCUGUGGUUGCCUUUUGCCCUGAUGGGCCUUCUCAAGUAAAGCUUCUAGAGAAUGCAUGCCAGGAAGCUGGAUUCAUCAUGCAGGCUGUGGAAAUUGUUCCUCCUCGGCUAAAUGAUGAUGAUCUCAAGACCCUACAAAAAUCGGACUUGACAGCCUCCACUGUUCAAAACGACAUGAAAGAAUGAUCUACUUGUCAUUUUUUUUUCUUUUUUUUUUUUGGAAAAUGAUCUACUUGUCAAAUUGUGCUGGAGCCCGGCCCCCCUGCUUUACCCCUUGUACUACUUCCAUUUUUUUCAAAGAUUCGUGGAGGGUUAGCUUUAGAUUCAAGAAUGUGACGAUGGUUGAAAUAAUCAAAGAGAAUAAUACUAAGUGAUACUUAUUAAUUGAAAGAUUAGGAUUUCAAUUUAGUUUUAUCAUGGAAAGAUGUUUUUUUCAUGUGUAUAAAAUUUUGUAUCCUGU